AUGCGGACGCCGGUGGUCAUGACGCUGGGCAUGGUGUUCGCGCCCUGCGGGCUGCUGCUCAACCUGACCAGCACCCUGGCGCCCGGCUGGCGGCUGGUGAAGGGCUUCCUGAACCAGCCAGUGGACGUGAAGUUGUACCAGGGCCUGUGGGACAUGUGUCGCGAGCAAAGCAGCAGCGAGCGCGAGUGCGGCCAGACGGACGAGUGGGGCUACUUCGAAGCCCAGCCCGUGCUGGUGGCGCGGGCACUCAUGGUCACCUCGCUGGCCGCCACGGUCCUGGGGCUGCUGCUGGCGUCGCUGGGCGUGCGCUGCUGGCAGGACCAGCCCAACUUCGUGCUGGCAGGGCUCUCGGGCGUCGUGCUCUUCGUCGCUGGCCUCCUCAGCCUCAUCCCGGUGUCCUGGUACAACCACUUCUUGGGGGACCGCGACGUCCUGCCCGCUCCGGCCAGCCCGGUCACGGUGCAGGUCAGUUACAGCCUGGUCCUGGGCUACCUGGGCAGCUGCCUGCUGCUGCUGGGCGGCUUCUCGCUGGCGCUCAGCUUCGCGCCCUGGUGUGAAGAGCGUUGUCGCCGCCGCCGCAAGGCGCCCUCCGCCGGGCCUCGCCGCAGCAGCGUCAGCACCAUCCGAGUGGAGUGGCCCGAGCUGGCGCCCGCCAUCAAGUACUACAGCGACGGCCAGCACCGACCGCCGCCUGCCCAGCACCGCAAGCCCAAGGUCGGCUUCCCCAUGCCGCGGCCGCGGCCCAAGGCCUACACCAACUCGGUGGACGUCCUCGACGGGGAGGGGUGGGCGGCGGCCGAGUCCCAGGACGCUCCCUCGUGCAGCACCCACCCCUGCGACAGCUCGCUGUCCGCUCCCUCGUGCAGCACCCACCCCUGCGACAGCUCGCUGCCCUGCGACUCCGACCUCUAG